GCAUUACGGAUGUAUUUCCACGUAACACCCCGUUCGACUAGAAACUCGAUUCCGUCCAGUUAAAGAGAUCGCGCUAGCCGACGGUUUCCAGGGUGCGUCUUUCAAAUCAGUCCCUCCACUGAGCUCACGGCGCGGAGAGGCAGACCGACAGGAAACAUGACGAGUUUCGCCAGUCAAGUGUUCGCCCGGGUCGACAGGUUUUGUCGCCCCCUCCCCGUGGUCCUCAACACCUUCUUGGUCUUCUCCAUCACCGGGGAGGUGAGCUACCUGGUGCUACUCGAGGCUCCGCUGGAGGCGGACCAGCAGAAGACCGUGUGGUCCGCCUGGUGGAAAGCGGUCCACCUGCUGGCUCAGUACUUCAUGCUGGGAAACAUCUGCUGGAACGCGCUGCUCUUCGUGAGAACCAGCCCCAGCAUCAAAGGGGUGUUCCUCGGGGGAGAGGGCAUGGGCCAGGGGUGGAGGUACUGCUAUACGUGCGAGACACACACUCCUCCCCGGUGCUCCCACUGCUACGACUGCAAAGUGUGUGUGCUGCGGAGGGAUCACCACUGCGUCUUUUUUGGCCAGUGUGUCGGCUUCCGUAACUACCGUUACUUCCUCAGCUGCUUGUUCUUCAUGUGGUCUGGACUGCUGUACGCCACUCUGAUGAAUGCAGAGGUCUUCAUUGUCAUAUUGAAGGAGGGUGUGACAAUGCACAGCGUCCUGUUGAUGCUCAUUCCCUGGAUCAUGCUUGUUUCAGGUCAAGUCUCAGCACGGGCCUUUGCCUUCGCCUUCAUUGCCGACACGUGCGUUGUAGGCUUCCUGCUGGUGUCCGCCUUCUUCUUCUUCCACCUCGUCCUGAUGUUUCGGGGACAGACCACAAGGGAGUGGUACUCGACCCGCCGACCCUACAGCCUCGGCCUCCUGGGCAACCUGCGUCACACCUUGGGCCUUCGCUGGUACCUGUGCUGGCUCUGCCCGCUCAUCCCCUCCCCUCUCCCUGGAGAUGGUAUAAGCUUCCAGGUCACAGGACUGCUAGAGCCCGCCCGGUAACAGGUGAAACACGCCGUGUGUCUUUGCUUAAUUGGUGAUGGUUCAUGUUAUCGGGAGCAGCAGGGAAGAAACGCCUUAGUUCAAGGAGAGGCCGCUUGGGAUGGGUUGAUGCAAUAACAGUGUGUGUAGGUGUUGUGAUGUUACCGGGUGUAACUGUCUACCGGCCUUUCACCUGUGCGGAGUCAAGGACAUGAUGGCUCCAGUGUGGAAGGUUCACUGACCUUGAUUUUAAGGUCAUCCAUACGCUCAUUGAGACUCGCCUCAGAAUAUUAACACAGAAAUUAGCAUUGUUCAUUUGGAACAAUUGGCACUGAAAGAAGAAUGUAUUUUAUUGAUUGUGAAAAAUGAUUCUUUCAUAUCCUUGUUUACAAGCACUCCAAAAUACCGGUAGUCACUUAAAUUGUCCUUUCUAUUGUUUAUUUUGUUUGUCUCGCACUGUUUCUGAAUAUUCAUAGGACUAUAAAUCUGCCAUUAUUCAUCAGCUGCUAGGGUCAUGCUGUUCUUCUGCUAUCCACUUUCCACCUCAGCUCCUGGUUAUGUUAUUCCAUUGGGCCUUUUAAUACAUUGUGUAAAAUGUAUGGCCUUUCCCCAUGUUUCGUGUUGUGCACCAAUCUGUAAGAUACUACUACAAACCACAGUACAACGGCAUAUGGAGUCAUUUUCUGAUCCAGCAACCGCUGUGUCCCAAUUCACCACUUCAAAACUUCAAACUUACUUUGAUUUAGUAUUUGGUGUUAAUUUGGGACACAAAUAGCAUGACUCAUCACACUUGAUGCCAACUGAACUUUUGUUACCUCAGAGAUUUACUCAAUUCUGCUGGCCUUAAAAUGUAGUGUAAUGAAAGGAUUUGUUUUGACUUUAUAUCCAAAAAUAUUUUGUGCAAUUAUUUGUC